GCUCAGACAGGCAGGAGCCCCCCCCCUCCCCUCCUCUUCAUCAUCCUCACCAUCUUCCUCCUCCUCUGCAGCGCACAAUGGUCCAGCUCCUCCGCCGCUGUCGACCCGGCUGCUUCUGUUGGACGACUCCACUCCAUCCCGGAUUAAAUAAAGCUGUCAGUUCCUGAGAGAAGAGCCGAGAAGACAACUGCUCUGCUGUGGGUUUUUUGUGUUUUUGCAGCAGGGCUGGUUCACCAGUUCAAAUCCCUUCACUGCCUCUGACACGUCGGGCUUGAGGAGGGGGUUUUCCCCUCAGUGUUCAGCCACCAGCUCACCUGCAGAAGACAAACCAUGCGCUCCAGGUCUGCGCUCCCCGGGUUUACCUCCCUCCUAUUUCUCCUCUUCCUUCCCUCCAUUUUCUCCUUCCGCCCCCACUGGAUUCUCCAGCGUGUCCCUGUGGUCCUCCCACAGAACACUGAGCCUCGGCCUGCCCCACACUUCCUGUCCCCGGCCCGUCUGGAUGUCAACUCCCCCUGUGACCCAGAAUGCCACAAGAGAGCCCCCCAGCUAAGCUACUGGGACCUGCGGAGUCUUCUGGCCUACGAGACUCUUCACUCUAAUGGUCAACUGACUGAGACUGCCAUUGGGAUCUAUGGCUACCAACCCAACUCUACCACCAGCACAGCCUAUUCCUCUAGGUUGUCUGAGAAGGCUGCGCGGUCCCACGUCAGGAGAAAGCGUCAGAUCUUCGGCCAUGACGGACGUUUUAGCAUCGCUGGACAGAACUUCCUGCUUAAAUAUCCGUUCUCAGUGGCUGUCAAACUGUCCACUGGGUGUUCUGGGACACUGGUGGGUGACCGUCAUGUUCUCACAGCUGCUCAUUGUGUUCACGAUGGUAAAAACUAUGUGAAAGGAGCCCAGAAACUCAGGGUUGGAUUUUUAAAAUCCAAGCAACGAGAUGCACAGUCUUCUUCCUUUUACCUUCCCUCCAACUUCACCAACCGCGUUGAGGGUGGCAUCGCUCCCUACAACCCCCCAACCAACGACAAAAUGAAGUUCCAGUGGAUCAGAGCCAAGCGCACCCAUGUCCCCAAAGGAUGGAUUAAAGGGAAUGCCAACGACAUCGGGAUGGACUAUGACUAUGCUCUGCUUGAACUCAAGAAACCCCACAAACGCCGCCACAUGAAGUUGGGAGUCAGCCCACCGGCUCAGAGGCUGCCGGGUAAACGCGUCCACUUCUCAGGAUUCGAUAACGACCGUGCAGGCCAGCUGGUGUAUCGGUUCUGUCGGGCUGGCGAAGAGACAUCAGACCUGCUAUACCAGCACUGCGAUGCUCAACCCGGGGCCAGCGGCUCAGGUGUCUACGCCCGAAUGUGGGAUGGGAGGCGUCGGCGUUGGGAGCGGAAGGUGAUAGGUGUGUUUUCCGGGCAUCAGUGGGUGGAGCGACAAGGGGCAUCUCAGGAAUUCAAUGUAGCUGUGAGAAUCACGCCUCUCAAAUACGCUCAGAUAUGCUACUGGAUUAAGGGAAACUUUGUGGACUGCAGAGAGGGCUGAGGAAAUGGACACAGGUAUAGCUUCAUAACAACAGGCCCACUACAUCCUCAUGACCUUUCUGGAAUAUGUGGGCCACAACAAUCCACACUUCUCACCUCUCUACUUGUAGCACUGACAUAACAUUAACAUAAAAAUCUUAAUUUCAUUUGCUUGCUCUCAGAAGCCAACAUCAGUAAAGACAAAUCCAGUAACAACACUAACUUAUGUGAAGAGGCUGUGUUCAUUUCAUUUCUGCUUAGUUUCCUAAAACAUGAAAGUGUUAGAAAUAUUUUUGGAAAAACAUUUAGGUUCAGGUGGUUGUGCAGAACUGUGGCAUGUUUUUUCUGUACCUUGGAACAUUCAUCUGGACAACAGGUCCUCGGAUCUGGAACAUGGACUGAUGUACAAAGAUGUGUUUGGAGUAAACCUAAGCAGCGCGGCAGUUUGACUUUUCAUAUCAUUUUUCUUGAGCUAAUACUAAAGAUUGCACUGUUCAAACCUUUUUCUACUGAGUAUGAUUUUAGUGGAUGAAUGUAUAAGUCAGCUACCAAAGGUGCCAACUUUCCAAACUAUCAUGUAUCUCCUCUCAGUGGACACACUAGCUAUCUAAAGGCACACUUUUCUCUGUCAGCAAAGUUACCGGUGAGGAAAGUUUUGGACGAUCGACGACAGCAGAUGACUCACACCAAGGCUGCAGAGCACAUUUUGUUAAAUGGUGUACGCUAAUGCUUAGCUCCCCCUGGUGGCAAAGGUAAAACACUGCAGGUGUCCAUUAUGCAGACUAAGCUUGAGCCUAAAUAAGCACUUUUUACUUCCUCCUCACACUUGUGACACUGCAUUAUUUUGUCUCUCAAACUGAAGACUGUGGCAAAUGUAAUGAAAUAUAUGCUUUUGAAAUAUGCAACUGUGUCACAUUUCUUUCCCGUGUCCUCAAACAAGACAUUUCAUGCACAGAAACACAUUGUUGGUUUAAACCGCAUUAGUUUUUUUAUUUCCGAUGUUUUCAGAAAUACUUUGUGGAAACAGAACUCUGUAAAAAUGCCGAACUAUGAGGACCAGCUCCUGUGACUUCUCCAGCACUUUCAACCUGGAGUAUGAACCCUGGAACAUGGCACUGACCAAACAAACUCUGUAACUCAAUUUGAACAUUUUUUAUAGCAAAGGGAACACAGAUCGAAACCAUCGCUGACAAUUUUACAAUGAUCUCCUAAUAUCCUGUAGGCCAGAGGACGAUCAAGUACAAUUCUCACCACUGUGGUCAGGUGUUCACUUCACCUGUGAUAUAAUGGGAUUCACCAAACUAAGCAGACAGAAUUUGUGUUAUUUGGGAAAAAAACAUUCAAGUAAUAUGUGACAAAGAAGCAGAAUUUUAAUCAAACCUCAAAAUGUGAUCUUUCGGUAGCAAUGGGAUGAGGGCAAGUUUAGGAUGAAAUAAUACUAUACCCAUAGAAAAAUUGAUAAUUCAAUGACUGUGCUCACCAAUGAGAAAGAGGGAGCCUGUCAAUUCAAGUGAACAGCACCAUUUAGCUGCAAAAUCUGCAACAUUCAAGUGGAAAAUGACAUAAAACCGAGUUGAAGCACCAACAGGCCAGUGUAGGGGCUGAGUUUGCUGAAGCAGAACAAACAGACACGUGCAUGACAUUUGGGUUGAAUCAAAAAUUCUCAACACUUGCUGCGAUCCAGACAGACACACUUAAAAGUAACUUCCUCCCUCUCACUUAAACUCAACUCAGGUGAAAUCCACAGCUGCAACAGGAAAUAUUCAUUCUAAGAUUUCCAACUUGGACUUUGCCCGCUGACGAAAAGGCUUCUGUUCAACUUCUAUUGAUUUCCAUCUUGAUAAUUGGAGGCUCACAAAGAGGAGCCCACUUGAGUGUAAGGAUGUUCACGUAUGCGACUCCAGACAACAACAAAAUGCAAGGCAACCUGUUUGUAACACCGUUGCGGUAACUGACAAUACAUGAAAUGGUAGUGAGGUGACCCAGACAGUCCCUCCCCUCCAGCUAUCCACACUCUUUUGAUUUUGAAUGCAUCCUCCACAGAAGUGUCACCGUUAAACAUCCACUGCUGUCGACAUAUUCGCUGUGGCUGGAUCCUGGGACAUUCAACUGAAAAAUCGAUAAACCACAAUCAUUCUGUUAACUGCAUCCAGUUGGCAAAGAGAUGAACCUGAUGUCACAUGGCCCUCACCCCCACUAAGGUUUAAGAAUUCAGGCACCAAAAUUCAACAGAACAGAGUCUGGAUGGCUUUUAAGAGCACAAAUGGGUCAUAUGCUAUACCAUAGAAAAAAAUAUACUUCAGCAUGUCAAAGUGUGGAGAGGCAUCAGUACCUUUUAUGAUUACCUGGUUACAGCAGCAGCCUUUUAAAGCAGAACCAGGGCAGAACAUGAGUGAAAGUUUCCAAAGCUUGGUGCUGCUACUGCCCCUCCACACAGCCAAUGAUGUGAAACGAGCAGAUACUGAAAAUAAAAAGGUA